CGAGACACGUGACCUUACAGCUGAUUUCCUUGGAUGGAUUGUUUUCGCUUGAUGUUCGCCUCGCGCUGCCUGGCUAUGACUGCGCUUCUGGGAGAUUUCAGAUCAGUCGUGGUGCACUGACACGCAGCGAUCCCCGAGACAUUAUGGCCCAGGCUGCUCAGAUGAAUGUCAUCGAGAUCAACAGCCCCAUUCGCGUUGAACAUGACAAGAAACGACGCCAAUUCAGCAUCCGUCUCAACGGGUCUUAUGAUCGAGCUGUGCUGCUCUAUGAAUAUGUGGGGAAGAAGACGGUGGAUCUGCAACACACUGAGGUUCCAGAUGCUUACCGAGGACGAGGAAUUGCCAAGCACCUGGCCAAGGCAGCAAUGGAUUUUGUGGUCGAGGAAGACCUCAGGGCUCACCUGACCUGCUGGUACAUUCAAAAGUAUGUGAAAGAAAACCCUCACCCUCACUACCUGGAGCACAUCAUCCACUGAGAGAGAUGCCAACAGGAUGAAAAGACUCCUGAUGUUGACUGGGUGGACAGGGCAUUUGAGCUCCUGGGGUGGGGUGGGGGGGUUGAAGCGAACUGGUCUUCAAUGAGUGAUAUUGUGUGAGUAUGUGUGAGAGAGAGAGAGAGAGAGAGAGAGAAAGAGAGUGAAUGUUUUAAGGUGACAAGACAGAGAUGAACAGCAACUGUACAGACAACACUGCAGACGUAUCUACGACGUUUGGAGCAUGCGUUUUCCACGAGAGGGGGUACAAUUGUGUGCUUUGUGAACAACUGGGUCUGUUUUUACAGCAUUAAUGACUUUGUGGUUAUGGGAUCCACAUGCCAACAUGCCAAAAACAGGGUUCCAUGCAUACCAUACACAGAAAAAAGAAAACAGCAAUUUUUGUUACUUCACAUGCCUUUCUAGAACAAUGCCUUGAGGUCCAAGUGGUGCUCAAAACAAAAAAUGUAGCUGUUUGAUUGGGAAGACAACAUGGGUCACAGUAACUGCCAUGUAUUGUGUGUAAGUGUAUUUAGGUACCAUGUGGAAACCAGGGUCAGUGAGGAGUCAAUACUCGGGAUAAAACAAACCCCUCCCAACCCCCAAAAUCACCAUACACUAAGGGGCAGAUGCUCUCAGGAUCGACAUUUGAAACAGUCAGCACUGCCCUUCAGGACAGGGAGUGUGUUUGCAUAACAGGCGCAUGGUGUGAGACAUGUCAUCUCUGUGUGCGUUAGAGUCGGGGUGUGUAGGGUGAAUGUGUGUGUUAUUCCCAUACCUAACUUUCCCCAUGGCCUUAUUAAGCAUGGUGUCCGUGAAGGCCACCAAUAAACAGGGUGAGUAAGGUGCUCAAACUACAGCAGCGCAGUCUGCCCUUCCACUAUAACAACUGUAGCAACAUCCACCAUUUUGAUGAGAAUGAAGGUCAUGCUCUCUGAAUAUUUAGAGGCUUGCCAUAGUCUGUAGUGACUGUUACAAGAGGUUGAUUCACGCAGAUGAACGAGGCCUGAAAUUCAUCAGUUUUUACACAUUCAUGUAAUCUAUAUUAAUAUUCAAGUUUGAAAAUAAAUAAGUAGCUGUAUCAA